CUUUGCGUAGAAUUUAGACGCAGGCAUAUAGCCUACUGGCCAGCUCCUCCCGGGUUUCUUUUUUAUUUCUUGCUGACAGACGCUCAACUCAGGCUGCGCAAUGGGUUGGCUGGAUAUACUUUGGAACCCGGUCUGGGCAAUUUCCACGGCGCUGCUGGCGCUCGUUGUGCGCAUGCAGCGCCGAGGACGCUGGGAUCCAAAUGCCUGCACCGUUCGGCUGAAAGGGAAGACUGCUAUAGUGACAGGAGCCAAUACAGGAAUUGGGAAGUCAAUUGCCUUGGACUUUGCACGCCGUGGGGCCCGUGUUAUCCUGGCCUGUCGAAGCGAGGCCCGGGGGACAGCAGCACUUAAAGAAAUCAGGGAGAAAACAGGAAACCGUGACAUCCACUUGCGUCUGGUGGAUCUGUCUUCUCUGGACUCUGUCAGGGAAUUUACUAAGAGGAUUCUUGAAGAGGAGAAAGCUCUCCACAUCCUUGUCAACAAUGCUGGAAUAUCAGGUUUACCCAGGCAGAUAACCAAAGAUGGCUUUGACGUUUCUUUUGCCACCAACCACCUGGGACCAUUUCUUCUCACCAACCUGUUGCUGGACCUGAUGCAGCGUUCAGCUCCAGCGCGUAUUGUCACCCUCUCCUCUGUCAACCAUGUGAAGGGUCAAGUGGACUUCUCUCAUUUUCAUGGCGAGAACCUGACUUACCACAGGGAUAAUGUCUACAACCACACAAAGCUGCACAAUAUCAUCUGUACCAACGAGCUAGCACGCAGGCUAGAAGGCACAGGUGUCACUGCAAACUCUGUCCACCCUGGUGUUGUUAUGACAGAUGUAAUGAGACACUACCCAUUCAUGUUUCGUUUUCUUUUCAACUGUAUUGGAAUAUUCUUUUUCAAGUCUCCAGAUGAGGGUGCAUUCAGCCCAACCUUCUGCGCAGUAUCAGAGGAAAUGGAGGGGAUAACUGGGAAGUAUUGCGACAGCGACUGCUCCCUGGUUCUCCCCGCCCCUUUAGCUCGAGACGCUGCCCUCGCGGUCAAGGACUUUGAGAUCUGUAUGAGGCUGACAUCAAAGCUCUGAAACAAAGCUAUCAGGCAAAGGGGCUUGAUAACAGAAAAGUGGUCAAAUUCCACCCUCUUACCGCAAUUUUUGAGUGAACAAUUCUGACAUAAUGUGUCUUUAAAAAUCAUCAAGUGAAGUUACUGAAUUCAUUUUUUAUAAUUAAUUUGAAGGGAUAUGAACUGACAUGUUUUUAAGAGAAGCACAAAUGAAUCAUGUUAUAUAUUUGUAAAUGGCAAAGCUUUGUCACUUGCACAUGUGUGAAUAACAGGCCAAAUAUGUUUAAUCACUUACUUUUCAUAUCAGCUAUCAUAUAGUCUGAGUAAUUCUCAUUCAUGAAAAUAAAUAUGUAAACUAUAUAUGUAUAUUAAUGUUUUCACGAAAGUCGGGUAUGUGAAUGAGUGAAAUGAAAGUUUCCUGAGACAUGCUGACACCAUGUGGCCAAAUAUAUCACAAUGACAACAGAAUAAGUGGCACAAUCACUUCUCUUUAUUUACUGAUUAAUUAAAACACAAUAAAACAUUUGGCAUUCGGUGCUUUUUGAAGAAUUUGUACAGCGUUCAUCACAUGGUGUCCUCGGCUUCGCUACUUGGCUGCAGAGACACAGAUAGUGAGAGAACAGCAUGGUCAAAGAGGUUUUUAGUACAGUUCUGUCAGGUCCAUAAAGUCAAGAACACACAUGACAAAAAAAAUGAUUUAGGAAAUUUUUAUUGAAUAAUUGCAUUUCAGCUAAUAAAUUCUGAAUAAAAUGUUGGCGGUAUGGCUCUGUUCAGGGAGUCCUCUGACCUUUCAUGAGCACCAUGAAAUAGCAGAGAGUCAGAGGACAGCAGCAGCAUUAGGGAACGCUCACACAGUUUAGGACUGUGUGAGCUGAACUAUUCCCCCACAUGAACAGAGCAGCAACGAUGACAUAGAAGCAAAUGACACGUUAUACACGACAAGGAGGAGCUGGGGAGGUGGUGGGCGGCAGAGAAGCGAGCAGCAAGCAGGUAGGAGCAAACUGAAUCUGCUUUAAAUAGGGCGUCCUGUUUGAGUGUAGCCAUUGAGCAGCGAGGGGUGUUGACCAGCUGAUGCGCUAAUCCAGAUCAGCUGAUGAGACCGUGUUGAUGGCCAAUAGCAUUAGCAGCGUCUUGACUACCUGGCCUGCCAGAACUGACGCUGACGCUCAAUUACUUGUACAAAUAAGUGUUUGUCUUCUAAUCCUCUUUGGAUAAUAAAAGAAGAUACAAGACCA